AUGACUUCGGGCCCACCAGUCCAACUACCUCCAUCCGCCAUCGGCAUCCUUAACAACAUCCGCAGCGACGAUUGGUCUCGCGUAGAAGUAUACGUUCUCUCUUCUUCAAACCUAUCGGAAGGACCACUCACUUCAAUCUGCGACUCUCUGACUAAAUCAUACGUACAUGAUAUCUUGCGGGACGAACAGGUAGAAGACUAUCACCAGUUCCUCACGCCUAUCUUGACACCCUUGGCUUGCGUUGAAGAUUGCAUUGAACAUCACUUCGACAGUUUGGACAAGUGGCUCCUUGAGCAGCCGGCAUCAGAAACAUGCUCAGCCGUCUAUCCUCAGGGUAUCCUGGUGUUCGAAAAGACUGAACAAGAGGCAUUACUCAUUCACGUCGACUCCAUAAACAAACAAUGGCACAUAGGUUCCAUCUAUCUACCCAUCGUCGACUUGGGGAUGAAUCUCACCAGCCUCAUGAUGGGCGAUGAGUUCUUUGGGGAUCUGUGCAAUGGAUACAAUGUUCGGGUGCCUCAGAAUGAUCCAAACAUCGACGAAAACUACAAGGAGCACCAGCAGGAUGACACCGGCGUGUGGAAGAACAAUGCACCACGCUUCGCCGUCUUCUCGACAGGAUGGAGCCAUGCGCGGCCUGUAGAAGGUAUGCUGGACGAUGCACAUGAGGAUGCACCCUUUGGUCACCGCGAUGUUGAGCUCUUGUCUCUGACUGGAUCGCAAUAUCUUGGAAACAAGGACAAACUAAGAGUACAAUUUCCUGCUUAUGUGGCUGCUGAUCAGAGGGGCGAAAGGAGGCAUGGAGGAGAUGGGCCGUGUGCAUCAUGCAGGCCUUUGCAUAAACGCAUAUUCAUCGAGGUCGACAACUCUCAACCAAGAGUAGAUGGUGUGUUGGUGUGUACCAUGGGGUGGGAUGGCAACACGGAUGGUAGAUCUGACGAUCAGCUGGCCGAGAUAGGCGCGGAGGCAAGGAUAGUGACGAAGAGAGUAGGUGUUGCAUUUGCGGUGGCCACAGCGAAGGCUAUUUCCUCAAAUGAGGCCGAGUGA